AUGCCUCCUAAAGCAAACACUUCCGACCUUCACGUCGCGAAGCUCUUCUCAGUCAAAGACUAUGUAUGCGUAGUGACUGGAGGUGGCUCUGGUAUCGGCCUCAUGGCUGCCCAGGCCCUUGCUGCGAACGGCGCAAAAGUCUACAUUACUGGUCGUCGACAAGAAGCCCUCGAGACCGCAGCGAAGUCACACAGCCCCGACCAAGGUGGUCAAAUCAUCCCUCUCUCACCAUGUGACGUAACCAAGAAAGACGACUUGGAGCGCAUGUACCAGGAGCUGGCGUCCAAGGAGAAGUACAUCAAUCUUCUCAUUGCCGCAGCCGGCAUCUCAGGCGAGAAGGGUAUUCCCGAUGCGGACAACGCGACCGACAUGAAGAAGAAGCUCUUCGACAACGAGACAUUCGAGGGCUGGGCCGAGACCUACAACACCGAUGUCACUGCCGUAUACUUCACCACUGUCGUUCUCCUGCCGCUUCUCCAAGCUGGAACUGAGAGCCAUGGCCACCUUUCUGCCUCUGUCAUUGUCAUCUCGUCCAUGUCGGGAAUUAUGAAGGACGCACAAGGGCACUUCAGCUACAACGCUGCCAAGGGCGGCACCGUCCACCUCAGCAAACUCAUGUCGGCUGAGUUCCAGCAGCUUCGCAUCCGUGUGAACAGCAUUGCCCCUGGCUACUUCCCAUCGGAGAUGACAGCGAAGGAGAGCGACGAGAACCAGAAGAGUGAUCUGCCGGAUGAGAAGAUCCAGGAGAAGGGCCACGUCCCACACGGUCGGGCGGGAAGCGACGCGGAGAUGGCACAGGCCGUCAUCUUCCUCACCAAGAACUCCUAUGUCAACGGCCAGAUUCUGACGGUGGAUGGCGGUGUGCUCAACGUUGUGAGCUCUUAA